CGCAUCACCCACCUUUGGUCCAGAUCACAUUCUACCCAUCGUAUCUGGCUAACGCGCGUCUGUUCCCACCCCUAAAGUCCGGUCUAUGACGGUGUGCGAAAUCCAGUCAGUUUGGCAGUCUGCUCUCUAAUCUCUAACUUUGGGAAUUCCAUACUCAGACCCAGUCACGCGGUUAGAGAAUCAGCCGCUAUUUUCCCAAAAUUUCGGCAACUCGACUCCGCACUCGCCACAAGUCACUUCUCCUGUAGUGGCGUCGCCCGCACCUCGUGCCUCGAGCUCCGCGCGACUUCCUGCAGGCCAAGACACCCACGGCGCUCGCGCGGGCUUCUCCCUCACUCCCUCGACGCCCCGCUGCAGCUCGUGCACGCAGUCCGCCACCAUGAUUAUGAAAAACACCCUCCUCACGGUGUUCCUGUCCCUCUUGUCCGUGGGCAGCGCGUUCUACGCCAUGGUCUACCCGGCGUGGUUCCAGCAGCACUACCGGCGGGACGGCAACGACGUGUACCAGGGGUACGGCCUCUUCGCGUUCUACUCGACCAACUCGCUCGAGUCGCCGUUCUACGCGUCGGCAACAGUGUUGCAGUACUCGGAUUUUUGCGUGGAUAAUUACACCACCCCCAACUACAUGCUGGGCGACGGGGCGGACUUCCACGAGGUGCUCUGCGGCAAAAGAAUGAGGUCGGUGCAGGCCACAACGGCAACAGGCGCCGCUGUGUCAGUGGUGGGGCUACUCACGUCCAUCGGCGCGGUGUAUAACCCCUCGGCGGGGUACAUGGAGCGCGUGGUGUCUUUUUGCACUCUUGCCGGAUCUCUGUUGCUGGCUGUGUCGCUGGUCAUUUGGGGCGCGUUGCUGCAGCAGACGCUGUACAACAUCGACACGAUCAACUCGGCGUACACGAGCUGCAAGGCCAACAACACCAAGUGGCACUGCUGGUUCUACGGGUACAGCUUCUGGGUGUGUCUGGCGUCGGUGAUUAUCCUGUCUAUCACGGGAUACCUGAGCUCGGCCGGCCGCGCCGAGAAAAUCCGAUAUUUCCGCAAGGAGUACGAGCGGGACCUGGCCAUCGCCAUGCAGCAGAGCAUGGAGGCGGACGCGGACAACGGCCAGUAUAACACGCAGUUUGUGCGCACCGAGUCGGCCGGAGGAUUCGGCGUCAACGCGACCCAGCAGGCCUAUGGCCAGGCCCCGACCCCGUCGCAGCAGUACAACCCGAACUCGGGUCAGCCGUACACGACCCCGCAGAACAUGCAGCAGCCGUACGCCAAUGUGUACGGCAACCAGCAGGGGGCUCCGAAGCCCAUGGGAUACCAGCAGCAGGUGAGCAACGUGCCGCUGGCAGCGCCGUCCGCGAACAGCCUUAACCGUACCAACAGCAACGACAGCGACGCCGUGUACCCGAGCUAUAGCGAGCAGCGCAAGAACCACUCUUUGCUGGGACGGCAACCGAGUGGAGGCGUGGUCCCAAGACCACGUUGCACCAUGUUCCUGUAUUCGAGAACGUACCGCUCGCUGCCUCCAGUCGCCGAUCCAGACGCGCGCCAGCGGUUGAUGCACGCUGGCGCGCCUCCAAUUCUCGCCGGGACCCCCCUCGACGACGAGUUGCUCUUCUGUGCCCGGAGGGAGCGUCAACUGCGCGAAGCGGAAGCUCAGCGCGGAACCGUGACGCGCCAAGAGCUUUUCGCUGCGGUGAUCCGUGAACACGCCAUCCUGACGGAGCACGCGGCGGCCAAGUACCUCAUCACGAUCGCUGCGGUCGUCACGCCUGCACCGAGCCAACAGUGA